CAGGAUUUGAAUUUUUGUUUUGUAUUUCAACUGGCGAAGGAAACACGUUGGGAAGUUAUUUGGUGUUCUUAAGGCUUACUAAAACCAACCGAAAGCAGACAAGGGAAUGCCAAUUUCUGAGUGAGACCAGAAAAAGAAGAAAAUAUGAGUUGGGCAGGAGAUGAGUGGAAAGAUGGGCUUCCUGGAAAAGCCCUCCAGAAGAUUCAGGAGAUUGAAGGACAGCUGGAUAAGCUUAAGAAAGAGAGGCAACAGAAGCAAUUCCAGAUGGAUUCUCUUGAAGCCACACUUCUGAAACAAAAGCAGAAGAUUGAUGUGGAAAAGAAUGAAGUAUCUGUCCUAAAAAGGGAGAACCAGUCUCUUGUGGAGUCCUGUGAAAGUCUAGAAAAGACACGGCAGAGGAUUACCCAUGAGAUGCAGGUCAAAGAUCAGCAGGUGAAUUACUUGGAGGGCCAGAUGAAUUCCAGCAGAAAACAGAUUGAGAAACUAGAGCAGGAAAUAAAGAGGCAUUCAUUGGAUAGAACCCAACCGUCUCAUAGUAUGGAGAUGCAACCUUCUAGCACACCACAGAAAAUGUUUGCAACCCCAGUGACACCAAGCAAUAGGCAUUUUGAAAUUAAAUUUGAGGAGCUGCAAGACAAAUACAACAAGGAGGUUGAAGAAAGAAAAAGAAUGGAAGCAGAAUUAAAAGUUCUCCAAGUCAAAUUGCUGAACCAGUCAUCUGUAAGCCACAAGGACAUAGCUAGACAGCAGACACAAUCCUCAAUCUUUCCAUGGCAACAAGAACAAACAUUAAGCUGUCAUUCGAGCUAUACCGAGACACCGUUAAAGAGGAAGACUGCUCCACCCAGCUUCCCAUGGGAUCUAGAGGGAACACCCAUGAAACAGAAUUCCCGAAGCAUAUCAGUCACUCAAAGUGAAUCGGGCAGCUCUGAAGCAAUUGAACUCCUGAGGGCAACAAAUCAAGAUCUGAAAGCUAAAGUAUCUGAGCUUGAGCUUCGUCUUCAGUCUCACAACAAAGAGAUGAAGAACCAGAUCAACAAGUUUCAGGAAAUACAGAGUCAGCUUGAUAAAAUGAAGAAAGACCUAAACGAGAAAGAUAAAGUUCUGGCCAAGUGCAGAGAUGAACUCACCAAGGUGUCAGGGCAAUACGACCAGGCUGUGACUAAGUGUAUUUCAGUUGAGCAAAAGCUGAAACAGUUGACUGAGGAAAUUAAUUGCCAAAGGCACAAUGCGGAAAGUUCACGGCGCACUCUGGAACAGAAGCUGAAGGACCAGGAGAAGGAGAACCAAAAGGAACAUGCUCGCCAGCAGACUUCCCAGUUUGCACUUGAGCAGCAGUUAAAUCAGACAAAAACACAGAUGAGCCAGGAGCUCCAGCAAGCCAAAAAGGAUUACACUAUGCUGCAAUCUGACAUUGACAAGGUAAUGGCACAGAAGAAUCACUUGGAGAAAGAUUUGGAAGAGCUUAAAGCUAAGCUUUGUCGAUCAGAACAAGCUCUGCAGGCUAGUCAAACAAACGAAGUUGACUUAAAGAAGAAAUCUGAGGAGAUGCAGAAAGAGAAAAACAACCUCAACUCUAAGCUGGAACAAAACAUCAAGAGAUUGUCUGAAGUUGAGGAAGAGCUGAAAACAGUGAGACAAGACCUGAAGCAGAGCAACAAUAUGACAGAGGAUUUGAAAGCUAAAACUCAGGCUCAAAGUGAGGAGUUGAAAGGACUUCAAACGAAACUGGAAAGCCAAACCAAAUCUUCUACACAAGAUCUGGAAAGCAUGAAAAAAAAAUUGGCUGAUCUGGAAAUGAAAAAGGACGAAUCUGAAAAGGAAAUUCAGAAACAAAGGAUUGAAAUGGUGCAGAUGGCAAACAAGAACACUGUGUUAGAGAAGGAACAUCAAGAACUGAGUUUAAAUUUAAAACUGAAACAGAAUGAGUGUGAUGAAUUGAAAAAACAAGCAGAGUUUAUCCUUAAAUGGAAAAAUGAAAAAGAAGGUCUUAUUAACAACAUUGAGACUGAACGAGAAAUGAUGCUGAAUAGAAUAGGUGAAUUGCAAAAAAAUAUAGUCACUCUUAAUGACACUCAGAGUGACCUGAAUGAGAAGCUGAAGAAUGUGGAAAAUGAGAGAGAAAUUCUAAUGUGCCAGAUUGAUUCUCUGAAGGGUGACUUGCUGAAUAAAUGUGUGGAGCUGGAGGAAAAAGAACAAGUUCAUAAUGAGCUUCAAAUACAAUUUAAGGAGGCAGAUCAGAAACAUAGUAAGGAUUUGGAGAAUACAGCAGUGCAAAUCACUCUUCUGCAGUGCAAGCUGACAGAAUUAGAGGCUAGAUUGCAGCAGAAGACAAGCAAGUUGGAGAACAUGCAACUUUCUCACACUGAACUGUUAACGCAGUAUGAGAAUGCUUGUGACCUAGCUAAAUCAAAGGAUUCUACGAUAGAGCUAAAGCAGAAUGAAAUAAUGCAUCUCCGGGAGAGUGUAGCUCAGGCUUCGGCUUACCAGGAGCAACAGCUGGUCAGAUUUACUGAGGAGAAGUCCAGUUUGAUGAAAGAAUAUGAAACUAAUCUUUCUGAGAAAACUGAAGAGGCUGAACAGGCAAAGUUGAAUUUUGAGAAAAGCCAGCAGGAAUUACCCUUGUUAAAUGAUCGUAUUGCUUCACUUGACUUAGCUUUGAAGUGCCAAAAACAUCUUACUGUAGAGCUGCAGACCAAAUAUGACGUGCUCUCUAAUGCAAAUGAUGAUCUCCAGGAAAAAAUUUCCAAAGCAGAGAAAAAUGAAGAAAAAGUCCUUCAUGAAAUGAGCAUCCUCUCUGAGCAGGCAAAGACUGUGAAUUCUCUACAAGAGCAGUUAAAUAGUGUAUCUGCCGCAGAAGAAGAGAGUAAGUGUGCUCUUCAAAAAGCUACAGAAGCUCUUAACCUAAAAGUAAAUGAGCUACAGACGCUUAGUGGAAAUACAUCGGAUCUCAAAAAACAAGUAAAGGAAAUUGAAACUAAGGCUUCCAAUUUGGAAAAAGAAAAUGUACAUUUAGAAGUGAAAGUAAAACAGCUUGAGAAGAGCACUGAAGAAUUGUUGUCAAAGAAUCAGUCCCUACAGGAGGCCAAUCGUGUUUUAUGUGAAGAAAAAGCUUGCUUGUUAAGGGAAAAAGCCGCUACAGAGGAUUUGACACUGAUGGCUGAGAAAGAGUUUGAAGCUUCAAGCCAGCAUUGUGUUGAGCUAACAUGUUUGGUGGAGGAUCUUCAAGUCAAGUAUGCUUCUGCCGUAGAGCUGAAUUCAAAGCUGGAGAGUAGCCUCAAAGAUCAAUCAGAUCAAAAAUCUUUGCAUGAACAGAAAAUGAAUGUAUUUGCUGCAAAGCAAAGAGAGGAGUCAGAAAGGCAUUCUCAAGAAAUUAAAGAUCAUGAGGAGAAGCAGAAGAAUUUGAUGGAGGAGUUGGUUGCAGUUAAGGUUGAGUUACAAGACAAAAGCAGUCAAAUUUCAGAGAUGAACACAACACUGGAAAACAGUCAGUCUGAAAUGUUACAGUUAAGAAGAGACAUUACUGCUGCUAAUGAUAAACUGGUCAAAUUGAAUGAUUCCUACAAAAUAAUUAUUCAAGAAAGGGAUUGUUGGAUGGAAAAAGAAGUGUCCAAUCUGAGUGAAAUUGAAUCUUUGAGAGCUGCUUUAACAACUACAGAAAAUAGCAUGGAUCAAAAGGAAGAUUUAAUCCAAAUGCUCAGAAAGAGUGUCUGUGAUGCUGAAUUGGAGCAGGUAAGAUUAACUCAAGCACUAAAAGAAAAAGAUCUUACAAUGAAUAAGAUAAAGGUCCAGCUGGAAAUGCUUCAGAUGGAUCUUGAGGACAAUGAGAUUUACAUGAAUUCCUUUGACUCAAAAAUGGAAGAGCAUCAAGGUACUAUAAGCUCAUUAGAAACAAAACUUGAAGAAAGCGAAUCGCAAAGGUCCACCACAGAAAAUGAACUGUCUUGUCUCAGAGAAGAGCUAACAUUAAAAAACAACGAAAUCUCAAAAAUAAAAUCACAUUUAGAGUAUGUCUGCAAGAAUGAACAAAACCUCUCUGCACUUAAUAUUGAAAUUGAGUCUCUUCUGGCAGCUAAAUCAAAAUUCCAGGUUGCCAUAGAGGAGGAGAAUCUCAGAUAUUCUAACUUGGAAAAAAUCUACAAUGAACUGUCAGAAAUAAACUCGAAGCUAAGGACUAAGGUUGAGAACUUGCAACACCAGUUGCGUGAUAUUGAAGAGCAAAAUGAUAGAUUAAAACAGGAGAAUGAUGGCCUUAAGGAACUACUGCAGAUCCAGAAAGAUGAGUAUCAGUGUCUCAAGUCCCCCAUUGCGAAAAUGGCAGAACACAAUAAGACAAACUUGAAAAACAAAGAGAUUGAAGAAGAGCAAAUGGAAUUGCAUCAAAGGUUUGUUGUCUUACAAAGUGAAUAUGCUGUAAUGAAAGAACAGUAUAGCAGCUUGCUCUCCCAGGUAUCAGGACAGCAGUCUCUUAUUGAACAGCUUAAAUCAGAAAGAGGCCAUAAAACUGAAUGUGAAGUGGAUGCCAGUCAAAGUGCUAGUUCAUUUGUAAACAUCAGUUUAUCAAAUGAAGAAGAAUAUGAUGGCAUGAGUGCGCUUGAUGAUCACAAGGAGUUUGAUGUUCUGCACAGUAGCGCUAUCAUUGAGGACUCCAGCACAGAACCAUGUCAUCCUUGUGAAGGUACUUUAUUAGGCUCAGUUUCUUCAUCCAGUGUUGGGGGAUCUGGUUUGCAGAAUGCAACUGAUAAUAUUGAUGGUAUUGUGUGUUCCUUUGAUGGACCGGUGUUGCAUCUGCAACAGGAGAAAAUUCAUUUGCAUCCCUCCAGUCAACAUGUGCUUUCUCCAGAGAAUCAAGCUGCGCAGUCAGAAGAAUUGGAACUGUCAUCUCCCACCUCUGAGAAAGUCAGGAGAGGUCUUGAUGGUCCGAUGGAGGCUAAGCAACAGGUUUUCAAAAAUGAGAUUAUGGAGCUGCCAGGGUCUGAAAGGAAAGAUCUGGAACAGCUCCAAAAACAACAUUUCCAUGAGGUACAGAGCUGGAAACAGAAACUUGUUGACCUGAGCUUGGAGAUGGAGGCUAAACUGGCUGCUGAGAGGCAACAUGCAGCAGUGUUAUCAGCAGAAUUGGAGACUGCGAGGUUACAGAUGCAGGGUCUGGACCUUAGUUCUCGUUCCUUGCUAUGUGAUGAUAAUGAAGAAUCUAUUUUGCAGCUGCAGUCCCAUUCAUCAAAGAAAGCAACUCCUCAUAAAAAACAGAAACCAGAGACAGAGAAUUUGAAAGAACAUGCAUAUUUAGGUAUCUCCAGUUUGCAAGACAGCUCCAUAGAUGAAAUGGCACCAAAUCAUGAAAACCAGAUAGUCAAUAUCUCUCAAAAGGACGAUCACGGACGACAACUUGAGGGUGAAAAUGAAGGAACUAUCCAAAAAUUGCGGGAAGAAAUCCAAGCCUUACAUUCACAUUUAGAGUUGUUUGCUGCUGAGAGUAACUCAAGGAAAGAGCUCUGCACUCAAAUGGAGAUGACAUUGCAUCAACUGGAAGAAGAAAAAUCAGAUUCUGUUGAUAAAUUAAAGUGCACCAUAGUGGAAAAACAAAAAGCUGAUGAUCAAAUAAAAAAACUGGAAGAGGAAGUGGAUACUUUAAAGCUGCAACUUCAGACAUCAAAAUGUCAGUCAUCAGAUAUUAUCGAGAUACUAGGAACAACAGAGGUGGCAAAUGCUGACUGGGAUGAGCAAGUCCUUCAGCUUGAGAGUGAUCUGAAACGUGUACAAUCUGAGAAAGCAAACUUAGAAAAUCACAUCUUGUCAAUGGAGACUGAUAUAGAGGAAAUGCUGAAAGGGAAGCAGAAAUUGGAGCAAGAGCUUGAAGCAAGCAGGAAAAUAAAUGUCAGCCUUGAACAAAAUCUCAAUAUAAUGACAACUGAAGGACUACAGCUGAAACAAGAGCUGCUUUCCUGCACAGAAGAGAAAGAGAAAGCUGCUCAGUCUUUGCUGAAUUUGAAGGAAAGGGUUGAAUGGCUGGAAAAAGAGAACACUGAAGCAAGAGAACUGAAUAAGAUAAUUGAGGCUGACAUAAGACGCCAGAAAAAAGAAAGUGAGGUGGCUAGCAAUAACCUUGGUCAUUUGCAAGAAGAGAAGAAGCAGCUGUUAGCACAGCUUGAAGACUUGGAGCAAGCAAAAUCAUUGCUCAGUGGGGAGAAGGACAACUUGCUGAAGGAGUUGGAUCAUUUUAAAGAACAACAGUGUGAUGUGUCUCAGAGCUCUGAGGCAACUAUGACCAAAAUCCAAAUGCUAGAGAUGGAAAAUUCAAGAUUGUCACGUUUGCUGGAAUCCUCCCUUUUAGAAAAGGGAAAAAUAGCAUCUAGGCUGAAUUCCACCCAGGAGGAGGUGAUCCAGAUGAGAGUUGGCAUUGAGAAGCUCCGGGUUAAAAUCGAAUCCGAUGAAAGAAAAAAGCAUCAAAUGGGUGAACUGCUCCAAGAUGCCCAAAGGAAGGCAGACAUGCUUCAGGACAAAUUAGAGCGACUGGAGAAAGAGAAGGAGAUGACUGAACAGAGUCUGGAAGAUGCAAUCAUUCAGGCUGAGACAGCUAAGGCUGAAUUUGAAGAAUUACAAGCUGAAAAGGUUGAACUCAUCCAAAGAUUUGAGCAAAUGACUGCAGAUCAGAAUGACCUCAGAAGUGAGAAAGAGAGACUUGAAAGGGAAGUUUUUCAAAAAACAGAACAACUGCAAAAGAUUGAAAGACAAGUGAAAGAAGUUGAAGUAAAUUUGAACGUUACCACUGAAGAACUCCAAUCUAAACUGAGUGCAGUGGAAAGUCACCUGCAAAUUUGCCAGAAAGACCUUGAAUCUAUGCAACUCAAAGAGCAAGACCUGACAUACCAGCUAUCUUCACUUGAAUGUGAAAAUGUGCAGUUGUCUGAGAAGCUCCAGGAGACACAGGAGCUCCAGUUAGAUAUGCAGUCCAAAACCCAGGUGCUUCAUGAAGAGCUUGUGAUAAAGCAGAGUGAGCUGAAAGUCAGCUUUGAAGAAAACGAGAGGUUACGGCGACAAGUGGCUGAACUGCAAAUGUUUAAAGACGACGACAAAGAGGAAAAGCAGUCCCUCCUUCAGUCAGAAAAAGAAGAGCUUGAGAGGGGGAAGAUGCAUCUUCAGUCCAUUGUGGCGGAGUUGGAGCAGAAGGUGGAAAUGACAUCAGCAAAGUGUGAAAUCAUGCAAAUCACAAUGUCAUCUUUGGAGGGCAAUGUCCAGCAAAAGGAGGAGUACCUGCAAGCUGCAAGACUGACAAAUGCAGAGCUCAGUGAAAAGGUUGAUGUGUUAAAUAAAGACAACUUGAAGCUGCAGAGUGAAAUCACUUCAGCUUUGAGCAGUGCAGAAGAAUUGCGGAUGGCUUUAGAGAUGGAACGCCACAGUCAUAGUAUUCAGCAACAGAGUACAGAACAGCAGAUAGAGAGCUUCAAGUUAACCUCGGAGAACCUGUCUUCUGAAAAGGAGGAGCUGAUGCGUAUCAAGGAGAGCCUUGAGCUUGAUCUCAAGAAGAAGGAUACAGUUCAGCAGGAGCUACAGAAACAAAUUCAGCAGCAUCAGUCUGAAUUUGAAGCCUUGAAGAAAGACUUAAUUACUGCUGAGGGGAAGGCAACCGAGUAUCUGACUGAGAUCGGUAGCCUGAAGUGUAGUAAAGAGGAGCUCAGUUCUGCGCUAAGGGAGAUGCAGAGCUGGCUGGAGCAGCAAGACAAGUUGAAGACAAAGGUCGAUGAGCUUUCCCAGAAGGUCACCCAGCUUUCCAAGGAGAAAGAUUCUGCACACAGUAAGCUUGCCCUCUGGAUGAAAUCUUGCAAGCAGCUGGAGAAAGAGAAGCAAUUGCUCUUGGUGGAAAAUGAACAGCAGGGGUCGCUCAUCACAACACUUCAGUCUAAAGAAAAACAAGGAGAGGAAAGCAGCAGCAGCAACAGCAUGCAGAAGUUGCAGAUGGAGAUUCAGGAGUUAAAAGGGGCUUUGGAGGAGCGAACCAGGGAAGCCGAUGAGAGCACAGACAAAUACUGCAGCCUCUUGGUGAGCCUGCACAAGCUGGAGGAGGCCAAUGAGACCCUGCAGAACCAGGUAUCACACCUCACCAGCCAAUUGGCUUCUAAAAGCAGAAGAUCUACAUCAAAGACUUCCCAGAACCCAACAAUCACCACCACCCAAAAGGAAGAGGAGGCAGGGAGAAAACAGGAUGGUCAAGUGUCGGGGAAGAGGCAGAGGGCCCCAGGGCCUGAUGAGAACGAGGAAGCCAGUAAGGCACAAGAGGCCCUCCACAACAUCUCAAAGAAGAUCCGGGCGUGUGCCACUCCUCAAGCGUCCCGCCAGCCUCAAGUCGAGGAGGAGUUCAGACCAGAGGGCUUACCUGAGCUGGUGAAAAAGGGCUUUGCAGAUAUCCCAGUGGGGGAGGCCAGCCCGUUUAUAAUGCGUAGAACUGUGGUGCGGAGGUGCAGUCCUCGGCUGGCUGCCAAGAAUUCCCCUGUGUCCCUGCACAGCUGCCAAACCCCAGACUCCGCUGUGCAUUACGUCUCCCAGUCAACAGAGGGCAGCAGCCAACAAGCACUUCAAGAGACCAAACCACUUCAAAGCCCUGCCAGGUCUACAUCUGGAGUUCUUGCUUCUCUGACCAACAGUCCUAAAAUUGUCAUCUUUGACAGUCCCGUGGUGAACAAGGAGGACCAAAAGAGUAGGAGGUCCCUCAGCAUCAAGAGGACUCCUGAACAGAGAGAGAAACGUAGGCAGGACAUGGCAUUAACAAAGCAGGAAGAAAACUGUCAUGUCCAGUAAAAUCAGUCUUACUUCAUAAGAAUUUUUCACCCAUGUAGAUAUUUUACUUCUGGCAAUGCUCAUUAAUAUUUUUUUGCAUAUUAUUUAUGUAUUUUUUUUAACUUGUUUUAACAUUUUAGAUUUUUUUUUUUCCUUUUGGAGACUCAUAAUUGCAGUUAACAGACUGGCCACAAAGAAAUUUACUCUGGAUUUUCCUGUAAUAGUGAAAGUGCGCAGAAUCUGCUAUGUACAUAUUAACUUGCUGCCAAUUUUUCCAUUAAAACAAUAUUUUGGUACUA